CUCUCAUUCACAUCUAUAAACUAACGGCCUAGAUCAUCAGACCUCUCACGAAGAACAACACAAUUGAAUCUAAGCUCUCUCUCUCUCUCUCUUCUCUCCGUAAUCACACACAACGAAACCCUAACCAGUAACCACCAUGGAUCUCCCUCAUCGCCUCUCAUCGCUCCUCAUCCUCUUCCUCACCCUCACCACCUCCUUCGCCGAGAUCCGCAAAUCCGAGAUCCGAUCCGACGACCGCCCCAUCAUCCCCCUCGACGAAUUCGGAUUCACUCACACAGGCCGCCUCGAGCUCGACGCCUCCAAAAUCUCCCUCUCAAACACCAACCCGGACCUCGACCUCUCCAAGGUCGGCUUCUUCCUCUGCACGCGCGACGCCUGGGUGCACGUGAUCCAACAACUCGAGGAAGAAGAGAUCACGUGCGCUCUCCAAUCGGAUCUCGUCAAACACGUCUUCACCUUCAACAGACUCAACCGCAACACCUCCUUCUCCACCGUCUUCUCCCAAAACGACGCCGAUCAGUACUCCCUCGUCUUCGCCAACUGUCUCCAGACGGUGAAAGUCUCCAUGGACGUUAGAUCCGCAAUGUAUAACCUCGAAGGGAAGAGCGGAGGGAGAGAUUACCUCUCCGCGGGGAGAACCGUCCUCCCCAAAGUCUAUUUCCUCUUCUCCGUGAUCUACUUCUCGUUAGCCGCCACGUGGAUCUAUAUUCUUAACAAGAAACGGUUAACCGUUUUCGCGAUUCAUUUCUUCAUGCUUGGAGUUGUGGUUUUGAAAGCGUUGAAUCUGUUAUGCGAGGCUGAGGAUAAGUCUUACAUUAAGAAGACGGGGAACGGUCAUGGAUGGGAUGUGUUGUUUUACAUCUUUAGUUUUCUCAAGGGAAUCACGUUAUUCACUUUGAUUGUUUUGAUUGGGACGGGGUGGUCUUUCUUGAAGCCUUACUUGCAGGACAAGGAGAAGAAAGUGUUGAUGAUAGUCAUUCCUCUUCAGGUUGUUGCUAAUUUCGCGCAGGUUGUUAUCGAUGAAACGGGGCCGUAUGGGCAAGAUUGGGUUACUUGGAAACAGAUUUUUUUGCUUGUUGAUGUGGUUUGUUGCUGUGCUGUGUUGUUUCCCAUUGUGUGGUCUAUUAAGAACUUGCGUGAGGCGGCGAAGACUGAUGGCAAGGCGGCUGUGAACUUGGUUAAGUUGACUUUGUUUAGGCAUUACUACAUUGUGGUUAUAUGCUAUAUCUACUUUACUAGAGUUGUUGUGUAUGCGUUGGAGACGAUUACUUCUUAUAAGUAUAUGUGGACUAGUGUUGUUGCGAGUGAGUUGGCUACAUUGGCGUUUUAUGUGUUUACUGGGUAUAAGUUUAGGCCUGAGGUGCAUAAUCCUUACUUUGUUGUUGAUGAUGAUGAAGAGGAGGCUGCUGCUGAGGCUUUGAAGUUGGAAGAUGAGUUUGAAUUGUGAGUCACUGUGUGGAUUGAUGAAAGAAGCAUACUUUUGUUCUUUUUUGGUUUUAAAUUUAUGUUAUUAGAGUGCAUUACCUGUUUUGGUUUGAUGUGUUGUUAAGGCACUUAUAUAGAUUCUGAUGAAUGACUUAUCCAUUGCAUAGUAUGGUUUUGUAUUAAUGGUAAACGCUUUGGUGCUUUAUAGUUAUACUGACUCUUUGCUUCUGCUUACCAUAUGAUCGACAAAAUGGCUUGAUUAGAAAAGUAGGUUAAGCAAGCAAGUAGAGCUUGA